AUGGCUACUCCUCAGCUUUUCCGAGUCCGCCGGCAACUGAGUCUCGCUCUGUACGGCGAAGUGCUCGAGUGUGAGCUCCCGGGGCACGACAAUUUCGUAGCAGUCAAGUGCAUUUCCCUCACGCGAGCAGCUGAACGUCGAGCCCAAGUCCAUUUGACACGCGAGAUCGACAACCCGUUCCAGGAAGAGCACGUGGCUGCUCUGCUCGAAGCAAAAGGAGGCCACUGCAACGUCGUGCAGUCGUACUUCCACUUUGUCCAUGAUCGGAGAUUGUACCUCGUGAACGAGCUCUGCAGUGGCGGAGAUUUGCACGCGUUCGUAGCGGAACGACUGGACGCCUCGUCGUGUCUAGACGAGCACGAAGUGCUGCCAUUGAUGCAGCAAGUGCUGGCUGGUGUCCACUAUUUACAUUCGACAGUGGGCGUCGCCCAUCGAGACUUGUCGCUCGAGAACGUUUUACUCAGUCGGGGCGUGUGCAAGAUCACGGACUUUGGCGUGUCCACGGAUGCCCGACGGAUGUGUGACGGCGGCCAAGUUGGCAAGGAGUUCUACAUGGCCCCGGAAGUUGUGGCAGGGGACCGGUAUGACCCCACACUGGCGGACGUGUGGUCAUUGGGGAUCAUGUGGUUUGUCCUCCUUACGGGCUCGCCACUGCUCUCUCUUGCCUCGCCUUCAGUCAAAGGGUUCAAGGCUUUGGCACAGUACGGAGUCGGUGCUGUGCUCACGUCGUGGGGGUAUGACGAUCGCCUGUCGAAAGACACGAUCAUAGUGCUGGAAAAGAUGCUGGAGAUUGACCCUCGACAGCGCAUUUCACUGGCCCAAGUGUUAGCGUAUCCGAUUUUCAACGAUGUAGUCGAAGUCAAGCUGUCGUAG